UAUACUUCAUUCUAUUUUGUCUAUAGGGGACUAGUUUUGGUGCUAUGGUGCAAGUACAGUUGUCUCAAAGCUUCAAAGUAUAAGAUUCGACCGGAUCGGAACGGGACCGAAAAGAACUGCCUGUUGGCGGCUUAAGCUGGCUGGCCAGCAUAUAGCAUCCAAUCUUGCGACGCCUACUGCACACUGAUGCAGCGAGCGUCCAGGUUUCCAAGUUGUUCUCGAGUGCACACCCUCUUUAUCUUACAGCGAAGCUCUCGUUCGUACGCGUCCAAAAGUACCAAUCCCUAUCCCUAUCCAACGCAAACAAAUCCUCAGCCGCACCAGAUUUUCCAUUUACCGCGAAGUGCAAACCAGGAGGAUGUGAAACGGAGAUAUUAUGAACUCGUCCGAAUUUACCACCCGGACUCGGCUGUCGCUCGUCGUUAUCCCUCUGAGGAGUCGCAGGCACGAUUUCAAGCUAUUUCUAGAGCGUACGACAUACUUCGAGGAAAAGCAUCUGCUUCUGGUGAACCGGUCGAAGCUGCUCAUAAAGUGGAUCCGAUACGAUGGUCAACUAGGUCGCGUCGUCCUCAUUUCGACGAUACAGCUAAUGAUGAGCGGUGGAAAGAGAGAGUCAUCAUGGGUACCGUAUUGCUAACUUUAGCUGCCUUUGUCGCACAGACCAGUUGGACUCGCCGGCAGGCUAUUGCAGAAAUGUCAAGUCAUAGAUGGCCUUCCCAUCCAAGCAAAAAGUCAGGGAAUGACGAUGGCACUCUUGCUGCAGACCAAGAGGAUGUCGAUGGAUCAGAAGGCAGCCUUAACUGCAGCCAGGGAGGUCACGGUCUUCGUGGCAGGCAGUGACCAUCGCACUGUCCUCCAUUUCACUACUCCUCUGAUCAAUGCCCAUUACCACGGUGUACGACGGGUACCUCCUGCGCACAUGUACUUGUUGGUCAUCAACAAUCUAUGCAUUGCAUUGAAUGUGCCCAGUUGCUUCAAUCAGUCUGCCGACCCCGUCCAAAUGCACAAUGGCAGGGCAGGGACGAGUACAUUCGUUGCUUGGUAUCCA